GCGUUGAGGCCACUUCCGGCGGCGUGACCUGGGAUUGCUGGGCCGCGGACUGCUGCAGCCGGAAGGGUCGACACCGGGGGCCGGUAACCCGCGGCAGGGACUGUAUUAGGGAUUUUGGAAGCACUGACAACAUGAAUGAUGUUCAAGAAGCCACUAACCAGCUCCUGGAUGUGAACCUUCAUGAGGACCAGAGGUCUAUACAAGUGACAGAAAGUGGCCCCAGAAGUGAGUCUGAGCAUCUCCAAGUCACUAUUGGAGCCACUGUACCUACUGGUUUUGAACAAAUGGCUGCAGAUGAAGUGAGAGAAAAAUUGGGGUCAUCAUGCAAAAUCAGCAAAGACCGGGGCAAGAUAUACUUUGACAUUUCAGUGGAAAGUCUGGCUCAGGUUCAUUGCCUAAGAUUAGUUGAUAACUUAUUUGUGGUGGUUCAGGAAUUUAAAGAUUACCAGUUCAAAGAAACAAAGGAAGAAGUUCUAAAGGAUUUUGAAGAAUUGGCUGGGAAGCUUCCAUGGUCAGACCCUUUAAAAGUAUGGAAGAUUAAUAACAGUUAUAAGAAAAAAAAAACAAAGCGCAAAAAGAUACAUCAGAAUUCAAGUAAAGAGAAGAUUGAUAAUGGACGAGGAGAUAAAACUGAUGAGAGAGAUGUUAAAAAAGGAUUUGCUACCAAUGCCUCAGAUUCACAUAUUUUAGAUUAUUAUGAAAAUCUGGGCAUCAAGGAAGAGGUAUCAACAUUAGUAGGUGAUGAUUUGUCAUCUUGCAAAGAUGAGACUGAAGAAAGCUCAAAAGAAGAAACUGCUCCUGAACUGCUAAAGUUUAGAGUCACAUGCAACAGAGCAGGAGAGAAACACUGCUUUUCCUCAAAUGAGGCUGCAAGAGAUUUUGGGGGUGCCAUCCAAGAUUAUUUUAAGUGGAAAGCUGAUAUGACCAACUUUGAUGUGGAGGUUCUUUUGAAUAUCCAUGAAAAUGAAAUUGUUGUAGGUAUUGCACUGACAGAAGAGAGUCUCCACCGAAGAAAUAUCACACAUUUUGGACCCACAACUCUUAGAUCUACUCUUGCCUAUGGGAUGCUCAGGCUCUGUGCUCCUCGACCUACUGAUAUAAUAGUUGAUCCAAUGUGUGGAACAGGGGCAAUACCAAUAGAGGGGGCUGCUGAAUGGUCUAACUGUUACCAUAUUGCUGGUGAUAAUAAUCCACUGGCUGUGAAUAGAACAGCAAAUAACAUCUCAUCUUUAUUAAUGAAGAGCCAAAUUAAAGGCAAACCUUCCUGGAGCUUGCCCAUAGAUGUUAUUCAGUGGGAUACCUGCAAUCUGCCAUUGAGAACUGGCUCUGUGGAUAUUAUUGUAACAGACAUGCCAUUUGGGAAAAGGAUUGGCUCCAAGAAGAGAAACUGGAACCUUUAUCCAGCAUGUCUGUGGGAGAUGAGCCGUGUCUGUAGACCAGAGACAGGCAGAGCUGUACUACUAACUCAGGACAAGAAAUGCUUUAUCAAGGCAUUAUCUGGAAUGGGACAUUUAUGGCGGAAGGUGCAUACUGUCUGGGUCAACACAGGGGGUCUUCGUGCUGCAGUUUAUCUUCUGAAACGUACAUCUCAAGCUUUUGUUUCUUCUUCAGAACAAGAUGGAAAAAGAACUCCUUGGUAAUGCAAAGAAUGGAAAUGGUUAAUAGUAUUUGUGCUUCCAACACUGGAAAUGUCAGCAUGAAGAACGUCCUUUGAGAAAAAAGUAGUAUUAACAAUUGCAGCUAGCACCAUUUAAGCUGAUCUAAAGAUCUUCACCAUGUUAACAAAAGAUAAGAAUGUAAUGUGAUGGGAUUGAAAAAGUCUUUGGAGAAAGCAGAGUUUUUCUUGGGAGAUAUUCUGAAGGCAUAACCGGGUAAUUGGUACUUUGUUCUUAAAGUGCAUUAAAGAUGCUAAGGGAUUUGGAUUUAGAACAUUUUGUUUUCAUGCUUUGUAACAGUUCCACUGUAGCACGUAGAAAGCUACCUGGCCUAAUAGAAAGGCAGAGAGCAAUCAGCACCUUAGGCUACAUUUCAUUGCCUUUGCAGUUUUCCUGUUUAAUUCUGAAGUUCUUUACCUCACCCUUAAAAAAUGAAGCAUUAUUACAUUUUGUGAAAUAGUGUUUGCCCCAUGACAAGAUGGAAUCUCUUAAGACUUAAAGGAAAGUUCACUAUCUACCUUAAAAAUUAAAAUAUGUACCUGUCAUCCAGUAAAUACAUAAAACUAAAAUAAGGUCUAGGAUUUAUCAAAGGAAUUGUAAAGAUACUUAACUGUUAGCAUAUGGGAUAUUUCUGUUUGUAAAUUCCAGCAAACACAUUGGCAGACAAAGUACAGGACCAACAAGCCAAAUUUCAACAAAUUUUAUUUUUCUUUCAGUACACAAAGGUGGCAGUGCUUUUCAAAGUCAAAUGUAAACACACCAAAAGUAUUUGUUUGAUGCUUUCUUAAAAGGACUAGAGGUACAAACUGAUGUCUUUGAAUUAAAAACUUCUGGAAGUUG